ACCUCAGAGGCUGCUGAGGAGGCCACUCCUGUCUUGUCACCCAGCAGUCUCUCGCCACCAGGGACACCUGGAGACCAGCCCCAUGUGGCACAGCUGCACCUCCAUGGGCAUCCUCACGGUAUUUGCCCUCUGCCCCACCUUUACCCCACGAGACUGGUCUGACCUGUGUCUUGGCCAGCUGAGGAAGGAAGGGGGCACUGGGUAGCUCUUUCAGUACUGGGGCCUCUGGGGAAAGCCCUGAGGGAGCGAUGGAAGGCGGCAAUAGUUGAGUCCAUGCUCUAACUCCCUGGGGAGCAGCCCCCUGGGUAUGUUUCUUCCUCAGUCUAGAAGGAAAAAUGGCCUCAGAAUGGGCCCUAUGCUAGGAAGAGAAGAUCCCCCCACCUCCCACCCCCGACACCAUGUCCUAGGCCAGGAAGAGAGACAGCUUUCUUUCCUGGCUAAUUUGGGUAUGCUUGCCUCAUGACUUACAGGGACAGAGCUGCCAGCCUUGCUUCCGUCCAGUGGGGUGGCCUCAUCAGUCACCUGGUAAAGCUGAAGUGUAAGGGGUCCCGACCCUGUCAUACCAUUGGACACGCCUCAGGUCUCAGCAGUCAUGUAGUCCAGAGGCUUCCUCCCCGAGGCCCAUAGGAAGCAUCACCGCUCUCAGGAGGUAGUGCCAGUGAGGACAAGAUCCCACAUGGGGACCAGCGCUCCCUGCAGGUCUAGAAUUCCGGAGGCUGACACAGUGAAGCUGAGGUUUAUGGAGGGCAGCUGUGCUGUGCUCUCUUAGGUGACGCCAAAGUCCAGCCACAGCUUAUAGGUGGACACUCAGAGAUAAGGACAGAGAGAUCUCACCACAGGGGUCAACCCAAGACCAGAUAGGAGCCCCAAGCCCUGUCCUGUUUGCUGCCUAGCUCCAGGAGACCCUUCUGCCUGUCCCCAGAACAAUUCUUGGACAGGGCCUUACAGCACCCUGCUGUUCCUGGUGGGCCUGUGAACGACAGGAACACAAAGGGACAAAGGACCUCUGGGAACCUUGGGCUCCCCCAUAGGCCCGUCCAGGAUCUGUAGGUCCCAGCAACCUGCAGCGUCACAGCACACAGUCAUUUCAGGGUCCUUCGGGAGUAGUGUGAGGUGAGCACAGGGCAGCGUAAGCCAAGAGUGCACAGGGGUCCCCAGGGUCCUAGAGGAAAGGCUCCAAGCCACAGCCCCGUCCACCCGCUAACCACCUCCACUCAGGAGGCCUGGCUAGGCUGUAGGGGAUAAAAACAGUCCUUAUGGGACCUCUCUGACCUUGCAGACACAGAUCAGGAGCCAUGACUGGCUUCUGAUGCCAAGAACCGAGAAGAUGGGACCUUGGGGCAGCUGCAGGGCUGAGCGCAGUGAGCACUGAUGGGUGGGAAAGAAGCCAGACCAGAGCCAGCCAGGACUUCAGCCAGCAUGGGGUGAGCACAGGAGCUGUCCGGGCAGCUGGUGCCUGCCUGCAGAACUGAGGGAGAAGGUAUUCCCAAAGCCAGGGCCUCAGGAGGGCUCCCUGGAUGGGGAGGCCAGGGCACUGGCCCCACAUCAGGCUAAUCUUCUCUUUGGGGGCAUAAGGAGAUGCUGGUAGGUGAGGGGUGUUCUGUGUGUCAGGAUCUUGGCCCCAGAGCCUUGGAGUCUGCUCUAAUUUCAGGAAAGAGGGAAGGGUCAGGGAUGCUUCUCUCUGGAGGGUAGGGCAUGAGCCUUAGUCCCCUGCCUCCAGGCUCCCCCUGUUCCAGUCCUGAGGUGUCUUCCCAGGCAGCAGACCUGGACCUCCAAGACACAGAGGAAGUGGAGGUCAGCAGAGACACCUGGCAUGACUCCGAGUGGGAGCCUAAGAAGACUCCAGCCUCUCUCACUUCCCACAGCCCUGGAGAUGGGCUGGCCUCAGAUGGAAGGGCACUGAGGGGCCUCUUGAAGAGUCUUCCCAGCAUGUCCAAGUGUGCAGACAGCCUGGGCCAGGAACGCACCUUGGAGCAGCCAGCAGCCCUGCCUCCAGGGACCGCGCCCUGCCCUCAGAAACGGGAUGCUUGGCGCGUGGUACUCUUGCCACAGGGAGCCCCAGGGGCCGAGGACCGCGCCAAGAAGGCUGCUGAGCUGGGCAGCAGUUUGGGUCGGGCGCCACGGGGCCCCAAGCCUCACCGCUGCGAGGCCUGUGGGAAGAGCUUCCGGUACAACUCGCUGCUGCUGAAGCACCAGCGCGUCCACACCGGGGAGAAGCCCUACGCCUGUGAGGAGUGCGGCAAGCGCUUCGGGAGCUGGUGGGGCUUCAUGCAGCACCACCGCAUCCACACGGGCGAGAAGCCCUACGAGUGCGGCCAGUGCGGCCAGGCCUUCAGCCACAGCUCGCACUUCACGCAGCACCGGCGCGUCCACAACGGCGAGAAGCCCUACGAGUGCGGCGAGUGCGGGCACGCCUUCAGCCAGAGCUCCAACCUGGUGCGCCACCGGCGGCUGCACACGGGCGAGAGGCCCUACGUCUGCAGCCAGUGCGGCAAGGCCUUCAUCUGGAGCUCCGUGCUCAUCGAGCACCAGCGCAUCCACACCGGCGAGAAGCCCUACGAGUGCGGGGAGUGCGGCAAGGCCUUCCGGGGCCGGUCCCACUUCCUCCGGCACCUGCGGACUCACAGCGGCGAGAAGCCCUUCGCCUGCGGCGCCUGUGGCAAGGCCUUUGGCCAGAGCUCGCAGCUCCUCCAGCACCAGAGGACGCACUACCGCGAGUAGCAGCGCACACCCCAGGAGAGCCUGUGGGCGAGCCUGCUCCUCUCGGGUGAGGUGGCAGGACGUGUCCUGUGUCCAAGUUAUGAUAGCUAAAGACACCGUUUUCUGCUAGGCAGCCGUCUUGAUACCCACUAGCCAUCUGUCUCUGACUCCAGGCCCUGGGAGAUAAGUUCCCCAUAACCCUGACUCGGUGACCUCCACCCGCAAGUGCACAGCCCUGACCAUCCAUCUACUUGUUAUGCAGAUGGCUUCUGUAACCUGCUUGUGCAGACAUUCAAGGACUAUUUUGAGUUCUCCUUGGCUGCCUAAUCUUGGCAGAGCAGAACAGCUCCUGGCUUGCUUGUGCAGAUACUUGAGGUCUUCUUGUGGGUUUUGCCUUUUAGAAUCCUUCCCUCACCCCCUUCACACAGCAGCCUCUAGUUUGGCUCAGAGAUUUUUGUCCUGCUAGCGGUUUCAAUAAAUUCAACUAAUUAUAAUCCGGA